GACGAGUUUGGAAUUAUUGUCGGUAUACUUUAUUCAAGUCAGUUCAUAAUUUUGCUUAAGUACGAAAUUGGUUUUCCUCAAAAGGUACACUUGACGACGAUACAGUAAUGGACCGGACUAGUGACUUCGUGGGUAUCACGGUGCUCUUCGAGACUCGCCAAACGCGGCCCCAUACGCAUCGGCCGCUGUCUCGCGAUGCGCGUCUUGCGCAGCAGAUCUCGGACCAGCUGCGACAGCAAGAGCUAUGUCUGCGUGAGCUACAGGAGCUCGUAGGCAAGAAGUCCAUCAUCGGCGACGACCCAAGCGCGCAGAUCGCGACGCUGACCGACGUACUGAAAAAAGAACUAGGUACCGUCGAGCGUAGCAUCCAAAUGUUCCAGCAGACCGUUAAUUCUCAACGGGGUCGCCACCAGCAACACCACCAGGCGCACUUCACCAUCGUAUGCCAGUCGCUCAAAUCGCGCUGUGCCAAGAGCGUCAAGGCCUUUCACCAAGCGCUCCAGCAGCAUACUGCAGCUAUUCGUGAACGCAGUACGAGGCGAAGCAAAUUCUCGCAUGGAGGAGGGAACCCCAUGGUGCAUAUCAAUGCACCAUUGUUCUCGCGCACAGGUGCGGCGGGUGUGGGUGGGCAUCAGGUGCUGCCGACGAAGAAUGGCGCGCCAUUGCAGCCACAACGGAAUCAGCCACCUGGAGGAUCUGCCACUGGAAGUGGAUUUCAAGCGCCACCGGCCCCUACACCACCCAAGCCAGGUGUUGCGCCGGCUUUGAGUCCACCAGCUCCUGGGGCAGGACUUCGCCGUCGUGCAAACCUUGGAGCUAGUCCAUUUAUGCAGCAGAGAACAACACCUCCAGGAAGUGGUGCAGGGGCGCAACAACAGCAGUAUCGUCCUCGUGAAGACGCCCAGACGAGGUAUAAUAAUGCGGCGCAGGUGGAGAGCACCAUCGUGGAGGUAUGUCGCUCUCUCUGCGAGUUGAUUUAGUUAGCGACGUUGUCUAUGGACUAAUUGCACGGUGUUGUCUAUCCGCUUUGAUCUAGAUCACAGGCAUGUACACGCGAAUGGCGACAAUGGUCGCUGAGCAAGGAGAGAUCAUUUCGCGCAUCGAUGACGACAUGGACAUUGCGUACGUGGUUGCGCACUGUAUACACAUAUAAGGAUACAGUCAUGAAAAGUAUCAUUUCCUGGCGCACUAACUGCUGUCUGUACUCAGCCAAACCAACGUGGAAGCCGCGCAUGGCGAGCUGCUCAAACUCUUCAACAUGGUGCAAGGCAAUCGAUCCUUGAUCCUGAAGAUCUUCCUCGUGCUGAUUCUCGUCAUUUUCCUCUUUGUCGUCGUCUUCUAGCACGUUACAACAGAUCGAAGGCACUGACAGCAACCAACCAGCAAUAAUACAAUAGACGUACUUGCCUUCAUCCACGUCAACCAUCACUUCAACUUGUGUAGCCAUCUGACGAUCGC